GCCAUGGGACGGCUUCUAUUCUAUUUAUUAUUUACAAAUUACAAUACAUCGUAAAACAUUAGUAAGAUCAUUUAAUCUUUAUUAGAAAUGAAUCUGAUGUAUGAAAGUGAUUGUGACUCGCAGGAUUUGCACCUCCUUAAAGCCGCCAUCGAAGAAAAUGAUAUAGAAAUAGAAAUGAUCGAAGAGCAAUCGCAAUUAAGCGCUGGAACAUCUUUAAUAGCUUGUGAUUCACAGUAUUCGACUUCUAAUAAUGAUAUUGCCAUCACGCUUAAUUUACUCUACGAUGAAAAACUAGCAACGCUCGAAAAAACAUUGAUAAACAGAUUACAAGAAUGUAGAAAACGAUUACAAGAAGUACAAAACAAGUCCAUAAAUGACAGUGAUAAUUCUAUCACACACAGAAGGUCCAAUUUUUCGGUCGUGAAUUGUGGAAAACCAUACUUUAAAGAUACGUUUGGAUUUCCUGCACCUCCUAAUGAAGAUACAUUGUUACGGUCUCAGGCUGGUAUGUACGAUUUUACUGGUUUCUCAAGUAUACAAGGCUGGAUGGAACGAGAUAAAUGUGAAUUUAUGAGGAAUAUACACGAAAUGUCUCAAAAUAUAAAACAAAAAGAAUUAGAAUCAGCACUCGCUAGAGCCAAGCGUAACAAAGGGCCAAAAAAGGAAAUAGAUAGAAUAAAAAUGGAAAUAGGAAAUGUAAAGAAAAUGCCUCUAGAAGAUUUAGUUUUGCCUGUGGAUAAGGAAUAUGACUGGGAACAUGUAGCGAACCUAAUGAAAUAUAAACACAAACCGCAAGAGUAUAAGGCUUUGUGGAACUUAUAUUUACAUCCUUCAUUUAAUAAAGAGCCUUGGACUAAAGAGGAGCAUAUGAUAUUAGAGAGAAUUUCUGCUGAAAAACAACAUCAAGACUGGGAGAGUAUUGCAAAAGAGCUUGGGACAAACAGGACGGGCUACCAGUGUUUUGUGUACUUCCGUACUAAUAUCAAUAAUAGUUUUACAUCAAAAGAGUGGACAAAAGAGGAGGAAGAGUAUUUAAAAAGAUUAGUUGAUUUCUAUAAAGAACAUGAUUAUAUACCGUGGGCUAAGAUCGCAACCUGUAUGGAAAACAGAACUAAAACUCAAGUGUAUAAUAAAUUUAUUCAAUUAACUUCAUUAAGGAAAGGAAGAUUUCUUCCAGAAGAAGAUGCUGUAAUUAUAGCUUGUGCUCAUAAAUUUGGGACAAAUUUCAAACAUAUGGCAAAGUAUUUACCUGGUCGUUCAGUACCCCAAUGUAGAGUCAGGUAUCAAAUUUUGACUCGGGCAAAAACAUAUAUAACAUGGACUGAGGAGGAAGAUAAAAAACUCAUGCAACUUACAGCUAAUCAAGAUUCACCAACAAUUUUUGCAAGCUUGAAAAACUACUUUCCUGAUAGAGAUAGAUCUCACUUACGAUCUCGAUACAAAACACUAACUAAAUGGUUGAGACAUAAUCCAAAUGUAGACAUUAAAUAUGCUCCUAGACGUGAAGCCAGAACCUUGGUUCGAGACAAAUCAACUUUAAAUUUAAAGAAGGCUGUUGAAAAUUUGAAAAUUAGAAUGCAGGAUGAGUUGCAAGUGAAAGAAAGUAACACAAUCACAUUGCAGUCCACAGAGCAGAAAAUAGAUGAUGCAAUUGUAAAAUAUUUUGUAAAUGAGAAAAUUACUUGCACAGAUAUUGAAAAACAAAACCCUCAAUGCAUAGAUAGUCCAAGUUCAGCAACCAUGACUUACUUAAAGAUUGACAAUCAACCUGAAUAUUUAACAAAAAAGAAUAUUAAUUUUAAGAAUGUUAGGCAAAUCCUAGUUCUUCUCCGAGCAAAGUUAAACAAGCAGUUGUUUAUGAAAAGUAACUUAAGUAAGACAUGCCCAGAACUAUUACUUUUAGAUAGUGAUGUGUACACCUCUAAAGUUAAAUCAUAUUCAAAAAGGCAAAAGUCAUCAACAGAGAAUAUUGACAAAACAGGGAUACCCAAUAUCUGGGGAGAGCAUCCUCUAGAUAGUUUCAAAUAUAUUUUACCACCAAACCUCGCUACAAUUACUGGCUGCCGACAGUUAUUAGACCAUAUUCAAGUACCUACACAAAAAAGGAAACCUCAAAUAAAAAACUUCAACCAAAAUAGGAGUUUGCAAAGAGAAAUGACACUUCUAUUAGAACGGUUUUAUGUGUUAUUUAUAUGGCCUAUACUACUGUCAAAGUAUGUUGAUAAUGAUGAAAAGGAAAUAAAUCAAUCUUCUAGUCAAGAAACUACAAACAAUCAAGCUAACUAAGGGUUUGAACAUAAGUUGAUUAACACACGAGUUCAUAAGUUUUUUCAGUAACAAUUUGUGCCAAAAUUAGGUUUGUGAUAAAGAUAUGUUGCCAUAGAUGUGAUACUGAAGGGAUGAAAAAGUAGAUAUGAAAGUUUAAUACUGUUAAGCUAAGAACUAAAAAAACAAGCUAAAGUAAGAAGUAAUUUUGUUUUUCUUCUUAAUAUAAUAGUUUUUUUAAACUAUAAUUUAUUUACAGUAUAUAUUAUUAUAGUGGCUUAAUGGAAUAAGUAAUAUUUAUAUUUUGAUUUCUGAAGUAGUGGAUGGGAAUAAUGCUCGAAAAUCUAAAGAAACAAAUCAAAUCUUGUGGGUUGUACAAAUUUAAUUUGCUCCUGAAUUUAAUUGAACAGGUGUCCAGAGAUGAUGUGUCAUCCAUUAACAAUUGAUCGAUAAAUGUUUGUUACAUUGUAUCUUUUGUAAAAUUUUGGAGGUUGGGCAGGUUACCACCUGGAAGUAGGUCAUGUUGAUGAAGCUACACCUGAAGAGUCAAUUAAACAUUAGAAUUUAUGGAUUAUGCAUCAUUGGACAUUUAGCUUAGUGGUUAGUGUUGGAGGCCUAACCUCCAGAGAAGCAGGUCAUCAAAUUAUUUUCAAUGCUAAUAAAAUUAUUUAUUGUG